AUGGAGUUUCAGUACCGCGCAGGCGACGCCCGCGCACGCAGCCCGUCGAGGUCGACGGGGGCUGCGGCUACGUCGGCGAACUCCGAGUCCGCUGCCACGCGUGUCCGAGAUGACUACGGCGGUGAUCGCUCCGGGUACGACGGGGAGAGUUCCGAGGCCUUGGCGCCGCGGCCGGCGUCUGACCAGGACGAGCUGCGGCGCCAGGCGGCCAAGGAGAGGAUACGGGAGCGGAUCCUGCGGGAGGAGGCUGAAACGUUGGCGCUCGAGGCGGAGGUCCGGCGCGAGCUUAUAGAGGAGCUGCGAUCUCAGCUCGCGCGGUCGGCGGGCGCUUCCGCCAAAGGGUCGGAAGCCAAGGCCACGCCCGCGGCCCACCCGCCAUCGCUGAAAACGCAGAUUCCACGCGAGGUCGGAUCGAAACCAGAUAUGCCAGCAGCCUUGCCAGCCAAGCGGAAAAUUCAUCAUGUCCCUGCUGCAUCCAAUGUUUCGGCGGCAACAAGCAGCAAGAAGCUGAAGCCGGAUUUGACUUGCACGGUGUGCAGCAUCACGGCAACCAGUGAGACUGCCAUGCAAGAGCACCUAAAAGGGAAGAGCCACGGGAGGAGGACCGCUAAGCUUGCGCUGCCACUGACUGGAGCAGGUCAACAUGAGGUUAGUUCAAAGAUAAAUGGAUCGGCAGCCUGGCCAGCCGAGGGGGAAAACCCUAACAUGGCCGUCGCUCCGACGGUUUUUGCUGCCACGAGCAGCAACGAGCAGAAGUCAGACUUGACUUGCACGGUGUGCGGCAUCACAUCAACCAGUCAGAAGGCCAUGCAAGAUCACCUCGAAGGGAAACUCCACAGGAAGAAGGCCGCGAUGCUCCCGCAGCCAAUGCCGAAGGAGGACGUGGCCAGCCUGAAACCAAAUGCAUCAGCAGCAGCUCUAAAUGGCAUCAUGGCGACGGGAGAGAAGGGCAUGCAAGAUCACUUCAAAGGGAAGGAUCACAUGAGCAAGGCCGCAGCGCUUGCGCAGCCGCCGCGGGAGGAGUCCGCAGAGCACGGCUGCCAGGAAGAGGCAGAGGAGGAAGGUGCCUACAUGCCGAAGAUAUACAGCAUUGGGACCGGCUCUGGGAAUUCGUGCGAGGUAGUGCAGAUGAGCGGGUUCCUGCUCUGCGAGGUGUGCAACGUGAAGGUCGCCAACCUUGUCACGAUGGCGUGCCACGUCCGGGGGCGCAAGCACAUCUCCAAGGCCAAGCAGAAGGAAGAUCAGGGCCGAGCUAUGGAGGUCAAUGGCGUGCGCCGAGUGGACGGCUUCCUGCUGUGCGAGCUCUGCGACGUGAAGACAGAGUCGGAGACUGUCAUGCGGACUCACUUGUCCGGUAAGAAGCACACCAGCAAACAGAAGGCCGCCGUUGACGCCGGUGCAUGUGGAAAAACUGUGCUAGCACAGGAGAUAACAAAUGGGGAUGUGGCUUUGGGAGCCAGCGUCGACAUAACCGUGACUCCAGGACAGCAGCCGAAUCAGGCUGCGGGCGCCGCCGCCGCCGUGGUCGGCGACUCCAGCAAGAUGGAGGUAGUGCCAUCGGCAACGCCUCGAGAGGAUGGGGCCGCCCCGGUUUGUGCCAGUUUCUCCGUGGCGCCCAUGGAAGUAGAUGAAUAUACAGAGGCUGGAGAUCGUACUGCCAAAGCUGAAGAAGAGAAACUGGAUGCCGAAGAAGAGGAAGCUGUUGAGACCAAUGGCAUCGCCGCCGUGUCUGCCAACGAGUUUAAGAUCCAGGUGGAGGGCAAGUUGUGCAUCGUGCUGCAGCAGGCGGAUGGAAGUUUCUCGUGCGGGCUGUGCAACCUGCAUGGCUGCAGCAAGUACGGCAUGGCGGAUCACCUCUACACGCCGGAGCACUUGGACAGAGCCCGUCUCUCCGAGCAGAAGGAGGAGCAGGCAACGAAGGCAGCGCCGGCGGGGGUGAGCAACGACAGCGAUGGUGUAGUCAUCCCGUUCGCUGAUGGAGCGGCUCAGGUAGAGAACUGA